CCUCCCGCACUCCGUGGAUCCCGUUCCCGGCCCCGGCGUCAGCCAACAGGCGAAGAGUCCAAGACUGCUCUGUGGUGCGCCGCCACUGACUCCGCCAGUGCCGCCUCUGCCUGCAUCCACAGCUGCUCCUCUGCCCGUGCCUGUUUCGGCGUCGGUGCCGGCGUCUCUGUCGAUACCGCUGUCGUUGGCGACGGUUCCAGUGCCGGCGCCACCUCUUCGAGUUGCGCUGGACUCUGCCGUGGUGCAAAGAGUAUCAGUGAUAACAGAACAAUCUAAGUUGAUGAAUGCAUCAGAUAGUACACAAAGUCACAAUGGUGGUGAAAUGAAUGAUUUUUUUAAUAGCAGACAACAGAGUGUAAAUAAUGAAGUGGGUAGUCAUAGUGGGAAUAGUGACUGUGUAAGUUCUAGGACAUCAGAUGACUUUAUUAUGAAGGAGGAGAAUAACUUGGAUUAUAACUUAAGUGAUAGUUUGGGUGCAGGGUUACCAGAGCAGUUAUCAAGGCCUAUGUCAGAAAGUACGUCUGUAUCCAGUAUUCCGAGAAAUCUCACACCACACUUGCCAGGGUCGUCACCCGCGCAGGCGUGCAUAGCCCCUGUUGCACACGUAAAGGAAGAAUCAAGUCUGUAUUGUGGAAGCGAUAAGAAGUGCGUUUCUGUCCCCGACACCAGAUUAAGAGAACCCGUUGUGCGGCUAAACAGGUUAUCGGCAGAGGAUCAGGCUCUUAUGCAAAGAAGUCUUAGGGCAUUUGCAGAGAAAUCUCCAACUCUUGCAUGCAAACUAGGAAUUACAUCAAAUCAUAAAAUAUCAAGAAAUGCAAAUGAGCAUCUCCAGACAAUUGACUCUGAAUCCGAAAGUGAAGGAGAACCAAAAAACAAGUCAAAAUAUUUCAAAGCACGAGAGAAGGAAAGGGAACUCCAACGCCAGAAAGGUUUGUCACGAUGA